AAGAAGAACGUAGAGAAGGAGGAAGUCAAUAAGGAAACCGAAAUCCGCUUUCUUUUGUUUUGUUUUCGUCCUCUCGCGCAUUUUGGUCGCGAUUGGGACGCGUAAAUAAUUGCGGGUUUGUGUUUACGGAGUACAAUUUGUUAUUUUAGUUUGCGUUCUCAAUUACACGACGAAGACGUCGACGAGAUUUGUCGUUUGUAGCCAGUAAGCUAACAACACAGCUAACACGGGCCCGGAGGUGUGAGCGUUCGUUCCGUUUCUGAUAUGAUCCGCGUUUUCUGGCCGUAUUUGUAAACUUCUUGAAAAGGAGACAAUUCAACUGUCAGUCGGCGAAUAUUCCGUGAGCCUCGUCCGAAUAGUCCGGAGCCUCAGGAGCCCCAGGAGCAGUCGGGUGAGACAUGUACGCCCCGCCGGGUCAGACGAUCCCCGGAGGCCGCAGGAGAAGACCCGGCACUUCCCUGCCCAAGCAACCGGAGCGGUCCCUGAUCUCAGCCUUGCCCGGAGCUCUAUCCAUCACCGCCCUGUGUACGGCCCUGGCGGAACCCGCCUGGCUGCGGGUCCACGGAGGAACCUGUCCGAGACAAGAGCUGGGGGUGGCGGACGUGCUGGGCUACGUUGACCCCAAGCUUUUGGAAGAUAACUGCGUCAACCCUCAGACCAUCCUGCUGCUGCGGGUCAUCGCAGCCUUCUGCUUCCUGGGCAUCUUCUGCAGUCUCACCGCUUUCCUCCUGGAUGUGUUUGGACCCAAGCACCCGGCGCUGAAGAUCACCCGCAGAUACGCCUUUGCACACAUCCUCACAGUGCUCCAGUGCGCCACCGUCAUUGGCUUCUGCUACUGGGCCUCAGAGCUCAUCCUCUCUCUGCAGCAGCAGCACAAGAAGUACCACGGCUCACUCAUCUUCGUCACCUUCGCCAUCAGCUUCUACCUGGUGGCGGGGGCAGGCGGCGCCUCCAUCCUGGCCACGGCUGCCAACCUGCUGCGCCACUACCCCACCGAGGAGGAGGAGCAGGCGCUGGAGCUGCUCUCAGAGAUGGAAGACAGCAGCGAGACCUUCCCCGCAGACUAUGACCUGGCCAACCAGUUCCAGCCCCCGCCGGCCUACACGCCUUAACACCAGCUGGGACUCUCCACAUGGCUGCCGGCUCCACCAGCGCACUUUACCGAUCGGAUGUCCUCGCAAGUCCUUCAUAUUGGAUACAGCGAGCCUCCAACUGACUGACGCUUCGGUGCAUGAGAGCUUGCUUAAGUGGCGGUUCUUCUCUCCGCUGAAGUUGUUAGUGAUCUGCAUGUAAAUGGCUUCUAGGGAAAGAAAGGUGACGGUUAAAGAUGCAGCAGACCAGGAGGAGCGGCCUGACAGCCAUAGACAGCCUGGUUUCACUUUCAUUUUGAUACAUUUCCUCCAAAUCAGAUUGUUUAAAGCUUUUAUAUUCCAGCAUCACCACACAUAUUUGUUGUCUCGCUCGUGUUGUUUUCACUGUUCUUUCAAACGUCCGGCACAUCGCGUCAAGAUUUACUUGCUCGCCAUGAAUUUAGUUGCCGAAAAAAAAAAUUAUCGAGACAGAAAUCAGUGGUGGUUUGUGUUGUAUGGUUUUGUUUUAAGUGUAUCUGUGCUGUGACAUAUAUGGUGCGUGUUUUCUAUGCAUGACCUGCUCUGUGAGGGAACCUUCAGGCCGCAGCCCAAACCCUGAGGGCUGAAGCGUGAAGGUUCGGUUUGUGACGUGAAAAUUGUUGUUUGGCUUUCCACUUGCUCACCUCCACUUGUACAUAGUGUUAAUACAUCUGAAGUGCUCACCGUCAAAUAAAUACCUGGAUUUACC